UCUCGGCUCCGCAGCUGGGUUUUCUGCAUUUAAACGGCGACGACAACGACACGCGAUAUACAGACGAGACGUAUUUUUCGUGCGAGCAGGCGAUUGGUAAACCAGAGCGUGUUAGCGUAGCGUAUAGGGAUCGCGUCUCUUUUGUUUUACCGCCUGCGCUAUACAAACCAAGGACGGAGCUAUCGGAGAGCGAGAGAGAGAUGGCGAAUCCAUGAGAGGCACUGUGACAAGAAUCCAGCUCCAUCACUGCAGUAGGCCACAGUCACUUGAAUGACAAACUUAAUUCACUGAGUCGCAGACCCAGAUGAUUGAGAGAUCGGCGACACGUAAAGCAACAACGAGCUGCUGGCAAGCGUCCCAUCGAGGUGCUGUGGGAGUAAGCCAUGGACACGGAGAGGUUGGAACAGCAGGUGGCCAGUGUGGAUCGGAGCAUGGCCUUCCUAAAGCGGGAACACCUGUCCAUGCUCACAGGUCUACAGCUAGAGAUCACACAUCUCAAGAGGCGCUGCCACGAACUUAGCUGUGAGCUGGAGUCUAGUUUUCCUGACAAGACCCCAGCAGAGGAGGAAAUGGAGCUGGCCAAACGUUAUCAUGCUGCUGAGCGCCUCCUGGAGGAGCAGCAGUGCAUGAUGGUCACUGUGCGCGGGGAGCUGCGGGCAGGACAGGCACGAGCGUUGGCCCUCGGGAGGAGUCUCAAGGAGGAAGAGCGUCAUUUCCUAGAGGAGUUGAAACGCCGGAGCCACAAGAUCACAUCGCUGAGCCGCGAACUGCAUCGCCAGACUAUCACCACGACAGCCCUCUGCCAAGAACUACACACGGCCCGCCUAAAACUGUACCAGCAAAACCAAAGUCCCGAGGAAGCCCCCAAUGGUCAGGAAAAAGCCCAAGGAAAGAAAGAAGGGGGAGAGGAGAGGGAGGAAGAUAAUGAUGAUGUUGAAGAAGAAGAAGAAGAUGAUGAUGAUGAAGAUGAUGAAGAUGAUGAAAAUGAAGAGGAAGACUCUAACUGGCUUCUUUCACCACCUCCCCAAGUCUCUCCCAGCCAAUCAGAAAAGGGACAUAGAAGGCGUGUCAGCAUGAGGGAAGAGAGGGUCAGAGCUUGUGUCCCACAAGUUCGAGUGAUGUUACCACAGAGGCCACACCCCAUGCCUGACCCCGCCCUCUUCCUGGUUCCCCUCAGAUACAGGCUGCUUCGCUGGAAGAGACCAACCCGAGUGAGAGAUAGGGUGGGGCUGGAGGACGAGUGGGAGGACAUCGAGGAAAUCAGAGUACAGAGGAGAGUGGACAUGGGUGCAGGAGAGGGAGAAACUGCUCUGUGA